AUGUUCUUCAUGUUAUGCAUCUUCUUGUACUUCAUGGCCAUUAUACUGAAUGCCUUCUUCACCGUUCCUCAUGUCCGAGAGAACCCUCGCUAUAUACUGUUUAUCCACAUGCUUGUCAAUGAUCUUGUAUAUCUAACUGUUUCAUUUUUUCUCUUCCUGUCUCUUUUGUGCGCGGUAUACAUGCCUGUGCUGGUUUGCUACACAAUCAUCACCUUCUCCACGUGCACAUUUAGUAUUACUCCGUACAAUUUGGCGGUCAUGUCUUUAGAACGUUAUGUAGCCAUUUGCCAUCCAUUAAGACAUGCGGAAUUGUGCACUGCACAGAGAUCUAGUAUUGCUAUCGCCAUCAUGUGGACAGUGGGGCUUAUUCCACAGCUCCCCGAUUUUAUUGCAUUUUGUUUUACUGUGGAGAAACGCGUCUUUUCAAUCAGUAUCCUCUGCAACUGGCCACUGCUAAUAGUGAAUGAGGUACAGGUGGUCUUAAGAACAGUAACCAUAGUAAUUAGCUUUUCUGUGGUUGUACUGAUAAUCGGCUACACGUACAUCAAAGUUAUGCUGGUGGCUAAGAGGAUUGAUUCUGGGAAAUCUGCUUCUAAGGCUGGAAAAACUGUCCUGCUCCACGCGUUUCAGCUCAUGUUGUGCAUGUUGUCUUUAUUGAAUUCAUAUACUGACAAAUAUUUGUCACCAUAUUUUUACUAUAUGCCAUUAAUCAACUAUUUCCUGCUUACGUGUAUUCCCAGAUUUAUAAGUCCAUUAAUUUAUGGAAGUAGGGAUGAAGUUCUAGGUAAACGUAUGAGAAAUGCGUGCACUUCACAAAGGUCCCUAUCUGGAAACUUUUGA